GCAGAAAAGAGCUGCGAGCAAGUCAAGAGACUGAGAAAGCCACCACGAGAAGAGAAAGGACCGGGACACCUCGGCUGGGGAGGAAGAAAAAUCUAAAGAAUAUACAUUUCAUGGCAUCCAACAGUAUCUUUGACUCACUGUCGUCCUAUCAGUCAGCUUUUAUACAAGACCCAGCCCCCGGACGGCGCUACACCCCCACCUCCACCGCCCUCGCCUCGGGGGGAAAGAUGUCCGAGGCCCUGCCUCUGAGUGCCCAGGAGGCCGGAGGUGGGGCGGCUCUGGUGGGCAAACUGCGCCUGGCUGAGCGCGGGAUGGUGGAGGUGAUCUCGGAUCAUCCCGGGGAGCUGGUGAAGACGGACAGUCCCAACUUCCUGUGCUCUGUGCUGCCCACACACUGGAGGUGCAACAAGACGCUGCCCAUCGCUUUCAAGGUGGUUGCCCUCGGCGACACCCCUGACGGCACCCUGGUGACAGUGAUGGCGGGAAACGAUGAGAACUUUUCAGCCGAGCUUCGCAACGCUACAGCUGCCAUCAAGAACCAAGUGGCCAGAUUCAAUGACCUGCGCUUUGUGGGCCGCAGUGGAAGAGGGAAGAGUUUCACUCUUACCAUCACAGUAUUCACCAACCCCCCUCAGGUGGCCACGUACCAGAGAGCCAUUAAAAUUACAGUGGACGGUCCUAGAGAGCCACGACGUCAUCGUCAGAAGAUGGAUGAAGUCAAACCCGGCACUCUGGCUUUCUCCGAGAGGCUAACAGAGCUGGAACAGCUGCGACGGAGUUCAAUGAGGGUAACGCCUCCUCACCUCCAUCACCAUCAACACUCCGCCAACACCCGCCAAUCUGCAGCGCUCAACUCUGCCACCUUCUCCAGCCCUACACACGCUCAGAUAACUGCCGACUCCAGACAGAUGCAGUCAUCUCCAUCUUGGUCCUACGACCAAUCGUACCCCUACCUGGGCCAGAUAACCACGCCCACCGUCCACACAGCCAAUCCCCUUUCGCCUGGUCGAUCUUCGCUCAGUGACCUCACCUCACGUCUCACAGGCCCUGACCUCACAGCCUUUGGCGACCCCAGGAUGACCUUAGAACGACCUUUCUCCUCCCUCCCCUCCUUGCCUGACUCCCGUUUCUCUGAUCCCCGGGUCCACUACCCUCCCACAGCGGCUGCCUUUACCUACACCCCUUCUCACAAUGCCGUCUCCAACGGCGCCCUUGGCAUCACCAUGGCAACGGCCAUGGCAAACAGUCCAGCAGGGAGGUAUCACACCUACUUGCCUCCUCCCUACCCAGCGAACACCCCCCACCAGGCUCAGAACGGACCCUUCCAGUCCACCUCCUCGCCAUAUCACCUGUACUACUCCACCGCCGCCGGCUCAUACCAGUUCUCCAUGAUGGCCGGGGGAGGAGGCAGCAAUGACUCACGCUCCCCGCCAAGGAUCCUGCCGCCGUGCACCAACGCCUCCACAGGCUCUUCCCUCCUGCACCCCUCUUUGCCCAAUCAGAAUGAAGGAGGGGGUGUGGAGGUCGAGUCCAGCCACAGUAGCUCCCCGACAAACAUGGCAGCUGCUGAAUCUGUGUGGAGACCUUACUGAACCAGCAGAGGUGGUUUAAGGUUACCCCCUGGUCAUGUGACAGCAGACACUGGACAUCACUGAACACAUGAAUACACACCAACCCAAACAUAAGUCAAUGUAAUAUUAAAAUCAUAACGCUCAAACAACCCUAAUCUCAGUUAAAGGAUAAGGAAGUCUAAGUGUUAUUAUAUGCUCUAGUGAGUAUUUGUGUCAGCAGGACGGUGUUGGGUUAAAUUAAGUGUGUGUGUGUGUGUGUGUGUGUGUGUGUGUGUGUGUGUUCAUGGUACUGAAGGAGUAUGUCAGUCAGUUCAACAGUGGGGCGUAUUGAUGGAGCACACGAUCUUCAUGGAUGCAGAAGAUCGGGGUAAUUUUAUACUCAUAAAGUCGAGCCUAAAGCACCACUGAGCGACUGACAGAGGAAUGAACAGGGCCCCGCCUCCGACGCUGUAUCCAGGUUUCUUUAUACAUCCAUGGAAAACACGGACAACACCCAAACAGGACAAUACUGUGAUAGCAACCUGUCAAUCACAAGGUUCCCCCGCCCUAAAUCAUUUGGUGCUUUUACGUCUAUUUUACUCUAAAUGCGACAAUAUUUGAACUCGUCAGGAAAAUGUUUACUGAGGAUGCAAGUGAGUAUUAGGGUCAUUUUCUCAUCGACUUCUAUACAAUUGGACUUCUUUCAACAACCAGAGGAGUUGCCCCCUACUGGAUAUUAGAGAGAAUGCAGGUUUGUGGCACUUCUACUUUGCCUUCACUUUUCAGAGGUUGUGAUACACACACACACACACACACAUACACAUUGUUUGUUAGUAGGUACACUCACUGUUGGUUUGGUACUUUUUGAUAUUAAGAAAAAUAUUAAAUAUCAACAGAGUUAUGCUUCAAGGGACCGUCCUUAAGAUAGACACAUUUGAACUCUGGUGUGU